UCUCUGUAUUUAUUGGUCGCUUCAGUGGUCCGGAUUCGCUCCGGGUAUCUCAAAGCAGCUGCCCCCUCGGCUUCUUCCCCCCCUUAGCGAUCUCAGUCAUCGCACCAUCAACUGUUCCCCUUUUCACUAUUCCACCCAUCGUUUCCUCACAGUGCUCUCUCUCUCUCUCUCUCUAGCGCGAUCGCGCGUGCCCCUUAUAAUAGCCAACCAUUGUCUAAGAUCCUAACCAUGGAAGAAACCAAAACGCAAGGGGAAGAUCAUAAUCUUCCUUUGUGUGAUGUUGAAGAUUGCCCUGUGAAGGAGAAAUGUUGUGACCAGAGAGAAGCCCUUCCGGGAGAACCACGUUGUGUUAUAUGUGGACGCUUUGGUGAGUAUAUAUGUGAUGAGACUGAUGAUGAUGUCUGCAGUAGAGAAUGCAAACAGACACUUAUAUCUAGGCUUGCUGAAUCUCAAAAGCCAGCUGCGAAAGCCAUCCAUUCAGUACAGCUACCUGCUACUGAUGAAUGUUGUUAUGUUCGAGAUGGUGGUGGUUCUAGUUUUCAAUAUCUGAAUACUGAUAAGAUUGAGUCUUUGAGAAGUAAAAUUAACAUUGUUGUUAAGGGAGAAACAGUUCCAGCUCCGUUGUUGUCCUUCUCUUCUUGUGAUCUUCCUAAAAAACUCCAAGAAAAUCUAGAAGCUGCAGGCUAUGAGAUACCUACACCUGUUCAGAUGCAAACAAUCCCUGCAGCAUUGACUAGAAGGAACUUGCUUGUUUCUGCUGACACUGGCUCUGGUAAAACUGUUUCAUUUCUUGUUCCUAUAGUGUCUCACUGUACAUAUACUCGACUUCAGCACUUGGCAGACAAGAAAUGGCCAUUGGCAAUGGUUCUAGCACCAACUAGAGAACUUUGUGUGCAAGUGGAGGAUCAAGCAAAGGCUCUUGGGAAGGGUCUGCCUUUCAAAACUGCCCUUAUAGUUGGUGGAGCUGCCAUGGCUAGUCAAGUCUACCGGCUCGAGCAGGGUGUGGAAAUGAUUGUUGGAACACCUGGUAGAUUGAUUGAUCUCUUGAGUAAGCAUGAUAUUGAGCUCAAUCAGGUUUCUGUACUUGUUUUGGAUGAGGUGGAUUGCAUGCUGCAAAAAGGCUUUCGGGAUCAGGUGAUGCAGAUCUUUCAGGCACUCUCCCAUCCUCAGGUACUAAUGUUCAGUGCAACCAUUUCCAAGGAGGUGGAAAAGAUGGCAAACUCCUUAACUGAAAAUUUGAUAUAUGUGUCUGCUGGGAAGCCAAGGGCACCCAGUGAAGCUGUCAAACAAGUGGUUAUCUGGGUGGAAUCUAAGCAGAAAAAACAGAAGCUUUUUGCAAUACUGACUAGCAAACAACAUUUCAGACCGCCUGUUGUGGUGUUUGUGAGUUCAAGAUUAGGAGCUGAUUUAUUAUCUGAAGCAAUAACUUGUGCCACUGGAUUGGUAGCUCUUUCAAUACAUGGAGAGAAGUGUAUGAAGGAGAGAAGGGAGAGCCUUGGGCGUUUUCUCACAGGAGAUGUCUCUGUGAUUGUUGCCACAGGAGUUUUGGGACGAGGGGUAGAUCUAUUGAAAGUUCGACAGGUGAUCAUCUUUGACAUGCCAAACUCUAUGGAGGAAUACAUACAUCAGAUUGGCAGGGCAUCUCGAAUGGGAGAAGAGGGUUCAGCAAUUGUGUUCAUAAAUGAGGAAGAUAAGAAACUGUUUAAAGAACUAGUCCAGAAUCUUAAAUCUGUUGGUGCUGCUAUUCCACGGGAGCUUGCUAAUUCACAUUACUUGGCAUCUAAUUACCCUGUAAGCAGCAAACAGAAGAGGAGGAAGUAUGGAUCUUAAAAGUUAGAACUCUAGCAUCCAACCAGUUGCUUGUGCCAUUGAGCUCUGACUCUUGAAAAGAAUGUCACCUUCUCGGAG